UUCCCUUGUAGUCACAGUCACAGUUCACCAUUCCCCCUUCCAUCUAUAGCGGGAUGAUGUGAUUUUCAAUGUUUGGUUUUUUUUUGUUAAAAAUUGAUUUUGGGUACAAUAUAAUCCAUAAAUUAUCAUAGUGUUCAUUCAGCACUUUAUGUAGGUAUAGUUACUGUAUACAAUAAUUUGUAUAAUAAUUAUACAUAUAGUUAACUGUUUUGAAUUCAACCAGUUGGACACUUCCUGGGCCAUCCCUGUUGUAUGCCAGUUUCUUGUAAAAUGGGAAAAGAUGGAUUUCCUUUACAGGCCUGCAAUAUACAAAUCAAACUCAUUAUUUAAAAAUAACGUUAAAUCAUUAGAAUCUCUCAAAGUAUGUAACAUGUUUAGUAAUGAAAUUUAAAGAUUGAAAUAAAAACAAUUCUUUAACUGUGGAGCAGCAAAUUUUUUGUAUAGAAAUUUGUUUAGGGAAAUAUCAAGAGAAUACUUCUUAGGUUACAUCUGGAGCAUUUCCCAUUUUACUGUCAUAUUGAAAUGAAUAGUUUUAAUGAUGGCCACUUAGUAAUAUUUCUUACAUGAGGAAUUCGAGCCUUUAGAGAAUGGCUGGUAGUCAUGUUGAGAUUGACUGGCUUACGGGUUUAGUAGUCACUCAGAAAUUUGGUACCACUUUCUCAGUUGGAACAGGCUCUGAAAGUCAAACAGAAAUUUCCGUGGCCCCAGAAGAAGUUGAUAGGACGAAUUUGAGCAGCAGCACAUUAAAGAGAAAUACAAAAAUGGAAUUAUCAAAAAAUGAUCUUUUGAAACUAGUCACUUGUUUUGAAGGUGAACUACAAGCCAGAGAUAUUGUUAUAGCUGCCUUAAAGUCUGAACGGUUGAAACAAGUAGCUACCUUGGGUAGAUAUGUACCCAAUGCAUUGGCAAACCCUUAUACUGCUCUGCUCAGGGAUAGUAUAUCAGAUACUCAAAAUUCGAAACCUCCCGUGAGCGAGAAAGACAUGCAAACGGCAGCAGAACAUCAAAUGCAAGCUCUUGAGCAACUGACAUUGCAGCAAAGAUGGGCACAUCAACAUUUAAUUAAUAUAUUAGAGGAAGCAGAAGUGAAACACAAAAAGGUAAUUCAGGAGCUAGAAGAAGAAAAAUGUAAGCAUGAACAUGACACGGCCCAAGGCGACGAUAUUACUUAUGGUUUGGAAAUGGAAAGAACUCGGUUACGGCAGGAAUUAGAAAUCGAACGAAACGCACGAAAGAAGUUAGAAAAGGAAGUUAAGAGACAAGUAGAGUUGGCUGAUGAAGAAAGGGCCCGGCAGAAGCAAAUUGUUUUGCUACUUUUACAAGAACGGAAGAAGAUUAUAGUUAAAUAUAUUGAAGAAAGGAAACGAAGUGAAGAUCUUGCUCAGAUACUUUCUGAAGAGAAAGCCCGAAUUGAUUCAAUGGCAGAGGGUUUAGAAGAAGAAAGUAAAAAAUCCCUGCAAAUGGAAGCUGAACUAGAGAAGCAAGCUCAUGAUUUUGAAUUAGAGAAGAAAAACUUAAAAAUGCAGCUUACAGCCAAGGAUCAAAGAAUUGUAGAAAUGGAGACUGAAAUCAGUAGGCUUAGAGCAGAAUGUGACGCAAUAAGAAAUAGAAUGCAGCUAUCAGACAAUAGCAGUGCUAUUAUUAGUAGUGUUGCCAAAGUGGUGCAACCAACUGCUACUGUAUCGAGUGUGCCGGUUUCUGGUCCAACUACUGGCAUUGCACAGUCAGUUACUCCAGGACAAACUCUCAGGCAAACUUCCAUUACCGCAGUUCCAGGGUGCGCCAAGAUCGUACCAGGUAAUCCGGUAAUAGUUGAUUCGUCUACGAUCAGGCCAGUAGCAAAAAGUUCCUUCCAUUCACACUCGCAGCAGCAGCAGUCGUUAUCGUCUUCCGCGCCUCAGACCCCACCCAAGAAAGGUGCAGCUGCAAGGGGCUUACCGCCGCCUAUUCCACCAAACAAACCUGUCAUCCCCAACAAGUCAACUGCAACGAGGCGUCCCGAUAGCGGCGAAUCAGAGAAAAAGAAGGCAAAUGUGAGUUCCAGUAAAGACACAGACUCGCAUGCUCCAGCACAACAACCAGGACUGCGGCCGUCUGGGCAAGGCAUUGAGCUUCUCGGUCAAGAGUUGGCAGAUUUUCAACAAAUGUUUGUAACAAUGGCAGCAACUAGCAAUAAUACUUAAAUCUCAUUUUAGUAAAUGUAGUAGUAUUUAUUUAUUGAUUUUUGAGGCUGGCAAAAUCAUAACGGUAUAAAAUAGAUCUUAAUCAGCCACAGAAGUCUACUUAUUGUGAUAUUUAAGUUGAAUUCAUUCAAAUGAAUGGAAUCGUUCUGAUAACUUGAUGUAUAGUUGUUUUAUUAUGUUAAUUAUACAUAGUUAAAUAUCGGUGAAUUAAAAAAAAAAAUUUUAACAAACUUUUUUUAUAGAAAUUGGUAUAGUUUGCUCACCGAAAUUCUGAAUUGUUAAUACGCAAUCAGAGCUCUUGCUGACCACUUUAAAUAAUACAUUUCUGCACUUCUUUUAAUAACCUAAAAGUUGGUUUUAAUCACUACACAUUGCAUUUUACUUUCCUUUUCAUUCUAUUGGACUUUCUUCAUUCAUAGAUUAUUGUAUAAAUGAGUUUAAGCCUCUGGGGGUUAUUAAUUAUUGUCCAAUUACAGGUUUGAAAAGUUGAACCUUUUUUAUAAAGGUCGUUCCUCACAUUUUGUUUUAAGAAAGACAUAUUAGGCAAGUUUUUAAAGUUUUUUUACCAAAUUUGAUGAAUGUAAUUAAAUUAAAAUUGAUAAUGUGGAUUUUAUUUUUUUUUAUUUUGCCAUUUUAUAAUCAACUUUAAUUAUAUAACUGACGGAUAUAAGGGUAAAUGCCUGAGUUACUUUUAAUGAAUGGCUUUAUUUCAAAGUUAUUCGUUUGCGUUGUGUAUAUGGAUAAUAAGAUCAAUACGAAUGCAAAAUCAUUCCAAACUACAAAAUUAUACCCUUACUCGACAUGAUUAACUUCCUAGAAGCGUUAUUUUACUAUUUUGUUGAAAAUCAAUAAAUGGGGGAUGAAUCCGAGCCACUAGCAAUGCAUACAAUUUUUCUUAAACCCUAAUUGUUUUAGUUAGCAUGAAAUGUUAAUAAUCAAUCGGGCUUGAUUUAAUAACUACACAAUUCUCCCACUUCAAAAAUAACAACCUGUAUGAGUACAGUACUAUUCUAUUUAUAGGGUUUUAGACCCUAAAGCGAUGUAGGUUGUAUAAAAAAAACAGGAAAAUAAGUAGAAUUGCAGCAAAUGUGCGUAAAACAAGUCAAUAAGUUAAGUUAUACUCGAUUAAAAACCAAGACGUCAGACAUAAACGUCGUGGGGGAUCAUCUGUAUCGCUUUUAAACGGUCAAUGUGCCGGAAUAUUCUGAGCGGGCGAAUGCAGUUUACGGCGUAUGUACAUUUAUUUUUUGCAUCUGGCCUCUCGGUUUUAAGUGGACUCUAGAGAUUUUAAAUAUAGCAUUCACCUAUGAAAAAUACUUUGGUUUAUUAAAAGCAGAUUUAUUUAUGGUGAUUUCUUUUUAUUAAAUGAAAUAACUAUGUUAUCUCUGAAUUAUGUACAUCUCUAAAAACUGCUAAAAGGUAUUCGGUUUAGGAUAGGAAACUAGGACAUGUAAUACUCAGGAUAUGUAAUUAUGUAUAUUUGUUGAUUGACAAAUAAAUUAAUUAAAUCUA